AUGGCGGCAGCGGCGUCGGCGGCGGGCGCAGCGCUGGGACAGCUGGUCGCGUCCCUGUACGACGUCCAGGCCUUCAAGUUUGGGAACUUCGUGCUGAAGAGUGGGCUCUCCUCCCCGGUCUACAUCGACCUGCGGGGCAUCGUGUCUCGACCGCGGCUUCUCAGCCAGGUUGCAGAUAUUUUAUUUCAAACUGCUCAAAAUGCAGGAAUCAAUUUUGACACUGUGUGUGGGGUACCUUACACAGCUUUGCCGCUGGCUACCGUUAUCUGUUCAACCAAUGAAAUUCCAAUGCUCAUUAGAAGGAAAGAAACAAAAGAUUACGGUACUAAGCGUCUUAUAGAAGGAGCUAUUAAUCCGGGAGAAACCUGUCUGAUUAUUGAAGAUGUUGUUACCAGUGGAUCUAGUGUUUUAGAAACUGUUGAAGUUCUUCAGAAGGAGGGCCUGAAGGUCACUGAUGCCAUAGUGCUGUUGGACCGAGAGCAGGGAGGCAAGGACAAGUUAGAGGCACACGGAAUCCGUCUCCACUCAGUGUGUACAUUGUCCGAAAUGCUGGAGAUUCUUGAGCAGCAGAAAAAAAUUGAUGCUGAGAUGGUUGGGAGAGUGAAGAGAUUCAUUCGGGAGAAUGUUUUCAUAGCAGCUAAUCAGAACGGUUCUCUCCCUUGUGUAAAGGAAGCACCCAAAGAACUCAGCUUUGGUGCACGUGCAGAGCUGCCCAGGAUCCACCCAGUUGCAUCGAAGCUUCUCAGGCUUAUGCAAAAGAAGGAGACCAAUCUGUGCCUGUCUGCUGAUGUUUCAGAGGCCAGAGAGCUACUGCGGCUAGCAGAUGCCUUAGGUCCCAGCAUCUGUGUGCUCAAGACCCAUGCAGAUACUUUGAAUGACUUUACUCUGGAUGUGAUGAAGGAGUUGACAGCUCUGGCAAAAUGCCAUGAAUUCUUAAUAUUUGAAGACCGGAAAUUUGCAGAUAUAGGAAACACAGUAAAGAAACAGUAUGAAGGUGGUAUCUUUAAAAUAGCCUCCUGGGCAGAUCUAGUAAAUGCCCACGUGGUGCCAGGCUCAGGAGUUGUGAAAGGCCUGCAGGAAGUGGGCCUGCCUUUGCAUCGGGGAUGCCUGCUUAUUGCGGAAAUGAGCUCUGCCGGCUCCCUGGCCACUGGGAACUACACUAAAGCAGCGGUUGGAAUGGCUGAGGAGCAUUGUGAAUUUGUGAUUGGCUUUAUUUCUGGCUCCCGAGUAAGCAUGAAACCAGAAUUUCUUCACUUUACCCCAGGAGUUCAAUUACAAGCAGGAGGGGAUCAUCUUGGCCAACAGUACAACAGUCCACAAGAAGUUAUUGGUAAACGAGGUUCUGAUGUUAUCAUUGUAGGCCGGGGAAUACUUUCCGCUGCUAAUCACCUGGAAGCAGCUGAGAUGUACAGAAAAGCUGCCUGGGAAGCUUAUUUGAGCAGACUUGCUGUUUGAGUAACCUUGGAUACAUUUAUGUGAAAGCACUGAAGAUCAAUGAGCUCCUGAAAAAUCAUUGGCUUGAAAUGAUCAGCAGCCUUUCCUGCUGAUUGGGUUCUUGCACAGGGUCUGUGUGGAAGAGUCUCGAGUUUUGUGAUGGUUUUUAGAAAAUACUGAAUGACUUGUGAUCACUGCAUUGGUACUUAUAACAAGCUCAUUUUUAACCUUGCCUUUGAGAUUAGUUUUUAUUAUGUAACCACCAAUGUGGAAGAUCCCAUCUCUAGCUGGGGCUAGACUGCUUUAUUCUUUUUAGACAAAAAUUUUAGGAAUUAGAGGCUAAAACCAGUAUGGCAUAUGUCCUUUAUUCUGUCUAAUAUGUUGCUCAAGUAAUAUCUGAAUAUCACUUCACCUUUACAGUCCAGUUACCCAAAUGGUGCUGGAUCCUAGAACCACUAUUGCUCACUCAAAGAGCAGGCAGGAUAUGACUGAACCUUUAUGCUAGUAUCUGGCUCCUUUCUUCUCAGCAACAGGUGUGGACCAUGGAGGAAGUCAGCCACAGUUUCCUCUCGCCUUAUUUGGAUGACAAGCUGCUGCUUAAUUUACUUAAGACAGCAGUGUCAGGUCAUUUGGGGGAUUGUCUUGAGGAUCCCACAUAAUUGUCCCAGUUCUCAUUAACACAGGGAAACCAGCCUUUCAGAGUGUUAAAAGGGAGAAAUUCCUUAGCCCAAUUAGGAUAAGCAGAGUUUGAGCAAAGACAAAAACAAUUUACAAAUUGGGCAGCUUGCAGAACCAGAGGAGGUUCCGAGAACUCCCAACAUUUAUAGAAAAUGGAAGUGAGGCAUAGAACUAACUCGCUAUAGCCUGAUCAACUGGUCAAUGGUUUAUAGUUUAACUAGUUAGGUAAUGCAAAGUCCGUUUAUUGGGCCUAGUUCAGAUGCGCAGUCCAAAUCUGCCUCUGGCAAACUGAAUGAGUUACAUUAUCUUGGAUUUCUGGUCUCCAUUACAUCAUCUUCAUUUAAGUUUCAAAGAGAGGACUUUGAACAGAUAGCUGCACAAAAAACAUUCAAAACUUGAGAGCAUAGCAUAUCAGGGAAACCACUCUGAUGACUAUCAGGAAGAUAAUACCAAGAAUUUGCAAUGUGCAUCUUAGAGCCAGGGACCCCAUGAAUCAAACCAAAAAUCAAAUGAUCAGAGAAUCCAGUUGAGUCCAUUAACCAAAUAGUCUAGUAGUUAAUUUUCUUAAUCUGGAUAAGUAUUAGCAACUGCAGACCUCUUCACUGUAAAGCUAGUAUGUAAUCCAGUACCCCAUGACCAAAUUAAGAGGAAUGGAACAGGUGCUAGAAGGGUCUAGAAAUCUGGUUACAGUACAAUCAAGUGAAUGAGGUAAGCAUAAGUAAGGAAAAAUUAAGAGGUAUAGAUAGUCUCAUUAUGGGGAGUCUUAUUCUGAUGUUUUAGGGAAAGCUGUCCACGUCAAAGUAGUCAUCUACUUCUGGGUAAAGUCAGCUUUACCUUUGUCUCUAACAAGUAUACAGUUGCAGGACCCAAGUUGGGGCCCUGAAGCUUCUACGCAGCUCAAGCAAUGAGAAAAAUGAAGUAUCCUCCACCAGGGUUCAAAAACAGGUUGAUUGCAUUUGUAGAAGACCCAGCCUUCAGGUUUUAGAAUGUGGAAAAUCUGGCUGGCAUCAGUUGAAGAGUCACAGAGCUUCCUCUGCCUGGUGAAAUAUGCCUCAAAGCAAUGCCCUAAAACAUUGUAGCAUUUACUCACACCAGAAUUUUGGAAAGUAGGACAUAUUUGGAAGUCUUUUUCCUUAAUAAAACCUUAUGUAACUGUUUCAUCCACUUAACUACAGUACAUUUGGCUAAUAUAAUCCAAUUGACCUUGCUAGUUCAAUUUCAAAAUACAACUCUUCCAGGAGCCAGUAUGAUAAAGGCAAUUUCAGUGCCACCAUGUUUAACACUAUUCAGCAGUUUCGUAAUUUACCCAAGGAAAAAUCCUCUUGUCACCUUGAGAAGUUUCCACUUCAAGAGCUUCUACUCUGAUGUCCAAUUUAAGGUUCAGGUCCCAGUGCUGUACCUCCAGAGAAAUUCUCUGUAGGAAAGGGACAAAUUAUCAAGGAACAAGAAGGCCUGAAGGCAAAGGCAGGGGCAAAGCCCUGGGGUUACUCUGGAGGAUCCCAAAGUCAUGAAGAGGAGAAUUUUCUGAGAAAAUCUUGUGGAAAUUUCAGGUUUCUUCCAGUUGUGACCAGAGACUGAUGAGAGGCCUUCGGAAUGACACUGAGGUCUCUGGAUCAACGUCAUUGUGUGAGCCAGGGGCUCUUCUGUAUUAGUGUGAUCAGUCAUCCAGAGCCUUGUUGCAAUAGGCGAGGCUCCACACCAGCCUUGAUAAAUCUGGGUAGCUUUGGGAUGGGACUGAACACUGCAUUUCUAACAAAUAUCCAGAUCAGCCUUUAAGGAACCGUUACACCUGUGAGUCAGCAUUUUUGCAGUGGAUGUCCUUGGGGUCUGUCUCGGGAUCUAGAUGUUUCCUAAGGGUGGGUCCUUGUGCUGAGCACCUCUUCUCUAAGCAAAAGCCCAUGCACUCCACUCACAGCGCCAGAGUACAAGUCAGACGGAAGAACCCAGGUUGUCAGGGCUCUGAGAGCCCUGUUCAUCAAUCAGCUUGGGAGCCAUGAUGUACUUCAGUCCUCAGCUGACAGCCUGAGCUCUGGGCAUUGGAGGAUCCGAUCCUGGUGGGGAAAACAGGAGCAGGGCCAGGAGUGUGCCCAGCAUAGCUUUUGGACUAACAGUUGGACACCUCUUCCACUGCUCGAAUGCUGUAACAGAAGCCCCUAGGUUUUUUUGUGCUGGAGGAAUCUAGGAAACUGCUGGGUUCCACUCCCCCUGUUUAGAGCUACAGAGUGCAGACCUGUAAGAUUAUUGGAUCUGCUUAGUCUCCCAGUCACCCUUCACCAUCACUCAUGCUAAGGGGAGUCAGCCUGGCAUGAAAAGCUCCCAAAAGUAGUUCCAGUGAAGAUGGCACUCUAUGGACAUUUUUAAAAGUUCUUCCAUACUCCACCUGCUUCUGCUGGACCAGCACGUAGGCAAGGCCUGAACUGUUCACUUGACCACAGGCUCUGCCAAAGCUCUAUAACUAGGACAGGUGUAGUGCAUUGUCUCCUCAGGUUUGGUGGGGCAAGAAACAAUAGUAGGGAGGCUCAGGACUUGGGCAAAGAGUACCUCAGAGGGCCAACUGUGUCCUUGGUUGUGGAGGAGCCGAGCUUUUUGACAGCCUCUAUAGAAGUCAGAUGCCGUCUUGGUGAGUAUGCUGCUAACAAAGAUCUUUACCACAAGUCCUGGAAACUACCCUCAAGCAACAGGAGCCUGGCAGGACAGAUUACCUAUGAUGCAUCACUACCCAAAUGGGGACAAUUACCCAUGACAGGAACUGGGAGCAGUGUCCCUCAUGGGGACAGAUUGGUCCCUCAAGUGAUGACAGUGACAGCAACUUCUCCAGAACCAGAACUGAGCUAGUGAUCCAUCAAUGACCACUGACUUGACCAGCAUUGCCCGCUGUCUCUGGGCACACCCUCAGCUAUGCAUAACCCAGCCAAAUCCUUUGUUUCCUUCUAUAAAAUCUCAACGUUCUUGUCAGCCCCUUGCAGACAGACUUGGGGUAACGGAGCCUCUUUACCUGUUCUUCCCAAUGUAGUUAUAUUUACUCAAGCUCCUUUCUCUGCUCUUUACCACUAUUCAUCUUUUUGAUAAGUGUAUUGGGACAAGUGGCCAAGCAUAGUCCAUUGGGAUCCCUAGGGCCAGCACUUUUGCCCUAAAAUGCUGAUAAAAUGUCAAUUCAUCCUUUCAAGGUCUAUGGAGCCAAGGGUAAGCAAAGAAAGUAAAGCACCAGAGGAAAUUCAAACAGGGAAGAAAGGAAAGAACUACCUGUGACAGGUGUACACGCCAGAGGUUAGUGAGGAUUCACUGUGUUGUGCUCACUACUGGAUUCUCAGUAGUGGGUCCGAGUGUGUAUUUGGUAAUGCAUGGUAGGACAAGUGCUCCUGAUGGAAGUGAGCUGCCAGCAGAACUCACCAGGACUUUAUCCCCAAAGGCCAAAACAACAAAACGGGACUCAAGUAUGAUGUUUUGUUUGGAAGGUAAAAUUUAAAAUUUAAUUUUGUUUUCUUGCAGUGCUAGAGAUCAAACCCAAGGCCUUUUGAUUGGUGUACAGGGACAGGUGGCCAAACCCAGUCCAUUGGGACUAGACAAGCACCCUACCACUGAGCUAAGAUGAAAAAAUUUAAAAGGGGAUAAUAAUAAUGAGAACUGCAUUCGUGAGCUGGAAGAACAAGUGGAAGAAAUAUACUAAAAUUUGACAAAAGUACAAAGAAAUAGAAGUAAUAAGGGAGAAGAUAGGCUUAGAGACCAGAGCCAUUACUAUUAGGAGAAAAAGGCUCUGA